CACCUUAUCCAUGAAUUUCCAGAGCUACCCACCCGAUCUAAUGUCCAGGACAGCCAAUCACAGCGAGGAUCUGGGCUUAACGCUUCACUCGUUUCAAGACUAGGCCCUGAUUCCCCACGCCCAAUCCCACCAGCAGCAGCCGGAUACGGGUAAUACCCGAUCGAGUACCCACCACAGCCUGUUCGAGACCGGGUCGGGCGGGUUCGAUGCGAAUUUCCAGAGAAUGGUGGCUUGGAGCGCCGAAUCGGGCGGCGGGAGCAGAGGCGACGGCGGCGGCGGUGGAGUGUUCGUGGCGGUCUCUCAAUAGCAAGGGAGGAAGAAGGCUCGAUGCAAAGAUAGGUAGGGUGUUAGGGAUUUGGGUCAGCGAAGAAGAAAGGGGCAAAACAGGGAAUGGAGAAUGCUCUCCAGAAAUUGGAACUAAAAUGAAA